CCCCAACCGUCGCUCCAACGGACGCCGCGGAUAAUAGAGCAGGGCUCGGGGAUUCCUAGAAGGGCAUUUCUUUUCCUUAUGAGAUUAUUUCUUCACAGCCGCCUUAGUUUCUGCCUCGCCGCACGCGUGGAGCCUGUAAGAAGCUGCAGGCGCCCAGCCCGGGCCUAGGGGAACCGCAACGGUCGGGGGGGGCGAAACCUUUUAUUGGGACUAAGCGGGUGGACGGACAGCGUUGUCGAAGAGGAAUUCGAACUGAACAAAACCCUCGGGAAAGAGGUGGCCGUUAAAAUAAAAUAAAUAUAAAGCAGGUAAUUGUGGAACUGUAGAAGUUUUUUUUCUCCAAACAAAAGGAAACCAUAUGUAACUGCUGCCUAGCAAUAUGGGACUGCCUCUCUUUUUAAACCAAAAAUGUUGCAAGUUAACCCUGUUUUUAGCUGGACUAUUGAAUAAAGAACAACUCCUAUGCAGAUUUCUUACCACCUCUUCUUGUCCUUAUGUGAGGAAGAAAACCAGUGAAUAUGAAUGUGUGGACCAAGAAAAGUAUGGGAAUUUGGUCCGCCAUCUCACAUCCCUCAAAGGUAGUUCUCCAACACCAGACUCAUUGUUUGAAGAAGACAAUAUGCUCUAUGGACCAAUCAGUAAACAUAAGCACGUAGGGAACGAGGCUGAAUCAUACGUUCCUCUCAUGAAUCCUGCAAAGAACUCUCUGCUCAGGAAACCUUCUCAAACACCACCUCUGCAGAUUGAUUUGCAAAAAGGCAAGAUGGCCAGCGUGACAACUGUUCUGCAGCAGACCAUGCCACUAGAUCAGGCCUUUUUCCUAGAGAGAUGGAAACAGCAAAUGAUUCUGGAACUCGGACAAGAGGGCUUUGCAGAAUACACUAAACAGAUUUUUCAACAAGGUAAGCUCUUCCAUGCAGCCCUGGAAGCAUUAUUAUUAGCUGAGGAACAGCCUGUGAAAGAGCAGGAAGACUACAGCAGCAGCUCUGGCUACCUUGCUAGUGUACAGCAUGUGCUCCAAGAUGUCUCUGGAGUGAGAGCCAUUGAAAGCGCAAUACAACAUGAAGCCCUUCAGUAUCAAGGUCUAGUGGACUGUGUGGCAGAGUACAGGGGGACAUUAUGUGUCAUCGACUGGAAGACUUCAGGGAAACCAAAGCCACUUCUUCGGAAUACCUUUGACAAUCCAUUGCAGAUUGCAGCAUACGUAGGAGCCAUUAAUCAUGAUGCUAAUUAUGACUUCCAGGUUGACUGUGGACUCCUCGUGGUUGCCUACAAAGAUGGCUCUCCUGCCCACGCUCACUACAUAGACUCUGGGCUGUGUUCUCAGUAUUGGAAGAAGUGGCUGCUUCGCCUGGAGGAGUUCAGAGAGAAAAGGAAAGACGGUGGGACGGUGUGAUGGUUCUGAUCUAAGGGCUGCAUUCUUAAAGGGUGUGGUUAAGUCUGAAUUCUGUUCACUUGAAUAUCUGAUUAGAUGGCAAGAGCAGGGUCGUUUCUGUGGUGGUGCAUCCUUUCUGAGAUUGAAGAGUCUAGAUGGCCUCUUGGUGUUUUGAGGGGCUGCUGACAAUUGAAAAGACAGGGAGAUGGAUGGAGCAAUAGCGAAGGAGGAUUGGGAAGGCAUGGGCUCAAGCUCAAAUAAAACCAGUUGUACAGUGGUGAUGGCGUCAAAGAAGGAAUACUUUUCUGCCACCAUUGCAACCACACAGUGUAGACCUACAGAACUCUUCUGAAUGGGCUUACUGAGUGGCUGGUGGAAGCAAAUCGGAAUAACAACGAUCGCUUCCGGCCUUACAUGGAUCCUCCUAACAUCCCCAAUCGGGAAACCGACAACACUGAAAGAGAGCACAGUGGAACGUUUCGUCAGGACCCCCUGCCCUCUUUGCUGGGACAGUAGAGACACGUAAGCACCUUUGAUGCCAUCAGCAACCAAACCACUAAUUUGGUCUUUCCGCAAGGGUUUGUGAACCCAGAAGAGCACUGAAGAGCAUUCCAGCCAGAUGAAAAGAUUGACCAUUCAUUCAUGAGGUUCAUCAUUAUUGGGAAAUAAUUAAAUUGUCUAUAAAAGUCUACGUUGGUUUGCAGUGGCCUAGUGCCCAAGACUGGCCCUUGACAACAGGUGCCGUGAGACUCUCUGAAGCUUAGUUGACAUUUUAGUUCUCUUGUUUGUGUGGCUAAGUACUAAAUGCGUUUCCGUGGCAGAGAACAAACUCAAAAACUUGAGGGUGAAAGAACCCCAGUGGUUAUUUUUCUUAUAAAAGGGCAAAGAUGGCCCUGGACAGGCAGAGGAGACCCGUCACUAAGGGGAUGAUUCAAUUUCAGCAAAUUCAGCAGUCUCAAUUCACUCCGAGGUCAAAGUGGGUCAGCUGAACAGAGGGGGUUUCCCUGCUCAGUGCUGCCGCCAUCCCCCCUCUGACCCAUGGAGCAGGAGGCUGCCUUCUCUGUGGGGCAGAGGGAGUUUCCCUGCUCGGCGCUGUCGCUCCUGCAGUGCGAGAGCCGGCAGCACCAGGCAGGCCACCGCCGCCAUUCCCCUCCGCCCGACGGAGCCCCAGGCCUUUCAGGCAAGGGCUGGCUGAGGGAAGCCAGAGGAAGUGGCAGGGCUGCCACCGGCAGCACCAUCUGUGUGGGCACCACAUGACCUGGCGGGGGCGCACCUGGGGCAGAUUUCCCCAUUGGCGCUACGCCACUGCCCCCCGCCACCCUUGCCAGGAUGGAGAUGUGUAGGCAGGUAUAAUAUCGUCAUUAGUAUUCCCGCAGAGGUUCACGAACCAAUUUUUUCCCCUGGAGGAGGAGCGAUGAGCAUUUCUACAAAAUUAACAGUCUGAGCAUUCAUUCGUGAGUCUGAGCAUUCACUGGGAAAUCACAACAUCUGUAAAAAUCUACCUAGGUUUGCAGUGGCCUAGCAGUAGGGAGACCCCCCGUGCGGGGGCAAGGAAGGAAAUUAGUGGGUGGAAGGAGGGGCUUCAAGAAGGCGCAUUAAUAGCACCGGGAUUAUCACUGUGAAUCCAGAGGCAUUUACAGGCCGCAACAGAGCGUACACGCAGUAAUUUUCCUGACAUUUUCUGAGCUUGAGGAUGAAGGAAUAGCUUGGGAGAUGGGUGAAAUUGACAUACUUCACAUCUUGCCACUCUAGGUGUUUCAAGAUACCUACUGUGAUGUGAAGCAAAUUGAUCACUUUUGCUCUCUUGGUGGACUGUGCAGCAUUCACAGGGAUCAGCUAGGUGGGGUGAGAUUACCCAGCAUUCAAGACUGGCCCUUGACAACAGGUGCCGUGAGACUCUCUGAAGCUUAAGUGGCAUUUUAUUUCCUCUGUAUGUGUGGCUAAGUACUAAAUGCGUUUUCGUGGCAGAGAACAAACUCAAAAAUUCAAGGGUGAGAGAACUCCAGUGGUUAUUUUUCUUUGCCUAACAUGUGAGAAGUACAGGAUAGUGAAAGCAGAAGGCUCCUGGAUGGGUCAUCAUUAUGUGCUAUGUUGCCUUCCAGAAAACACAAGAGAGACAAGCAACUAUGCAGAGCAGUGAAACUCUUUCUCCAGACACUGGAAAAUUUUCCACUGACACACUAAAAAGUUGCCAAAAAUUCCUUGCCAGUGUUCUUUGAUAUUCACACACAGCACUCAAGUUCAAUUGACAAAGUGCACAACUAGUUCAUUUUGUCUUUUGGUAACACAUGGGAGUUUCGCACAUGUUGAAACAUCAAUAUUUUGCCUUGUUCCAAACGCAUGGAGGUCUUUGGAGUUCUGGCCGGCGGAGGAGGAAGAGUGCUCUGCAAUCCAUUGUGAUUAUUUUUCUAAGCACUUACCAAAUAAAAUUUUUUGCAACCAUUA